GUGCGAUGUGGGCGAGGAUUCUCGCGAACCGUAUACGAUUAGCUUCCUUUCGGCUAACUGCGGAACGAGGAAAAUCAACAGCGGCUGAACAAUCGACGCUUUCUGGAACCAAGCGUACCGCGCGAAAAUCAGAACAUACCAACAAUGGGACGUUGCAGAAGGCGAUCCUCGGAAGCACGGAAAUAUCACGGGCUCAUCUCACUCCGGAGAUAAGGCUGCACCUUUUGACCCCAAAUUGCCCUUUGUACCACGCCCCAGCGCCUUCAACAACCAACGGAGAUGCGACGUUCGCCGAACCAUUCUGGAGCAUAUUCUGGCCCGGUGGACAAGCGUUAGCCAGAUUCGUCCUAGACCGUGGCGAUGAACUCCUGAAGGACGAGUCUGUCGUCCUGGACCUGGGGGCCGGUUGCGGGGCGGUUGCUAUCGCCGCAAAACUUCGAGGAGCUGGUCACGUUAUCGCGAAUGACAUUGAUCCAGUUGCCUGCGUGGCAAUCGACAUGAACGCUGCCUUGAACGACGUGCAAGUAUCUACAUCCAGCGAAAAUUUACUCGCAAAGCCGUACAAAGCGGACCUGCAGCCAGCCGACGAACGUUUCGACGUCAUCUUCGUCGGAGAUUUGCUCUACGACGAAGAGAUCGCGACGGUCCUGGAACCCUGGCUCGACGAGGCUCUGCGUCAGGGGACGAGGGUUUUCCUCGGUGACCCGGGAAGACACGGACUCACCGAUAAACUCCGCCGAAAAUUGCGGAAGCUGGAGACUUACGAACUGCCGGACAACGUUCGUCGAGAAAAUUACGGCUUCGAUUCGGCCACGCAUUGGCUCUAUCACCCUAGUUUCGGAUUAGCUCACCCGUUGCGGAUCUCUGCGCUGCUCGAACUUCACAGUAGUUUCCGGUGA